AGUCAGAGUCAGUUGUCAGUUUCACUCAUGCGGUUAUAUUACAAUGCAGUAAGGAAAGUUAGUAGGAAAAUCUUUAAAACCUAAUGAAAAGUGUGACACAAGGUUGCUGCUAGUUGUUCAUGUAAUUUUCUGUAGCGUUCCGUAGUUAGUGACUUAAUCACUAGUGUUCAAGUUACCCAUCAGGUAUUUUGUAUAGCGCGUUUAUCUUAGUAGAACGAUGUCAGCAAAGCGUCAGGCCACCACAGAGCUAAAUCAUGAAAAUUGGGACCAAGAUGAUCCUGACGAACAUGAAGAAAUGGGCACGUUCAAACCUGCUUCUAAAGAAGCCAUUGAAAAACGUGUGAUCAGGACGGCUAAAAGACGAAAUCAAAAUCCUUCUGAUGGGGCAAAACAAGGUGUCUUCAGUGGUUUUGGAGGCUUCAGUAAAGCACAACCAUCAUCAUUUGACUUUUUGGCUAACUUGACCAAUGGCAGCAAACCAGUGAAUGGAUCAACUUCGAGUAAAACUGACACUGCAGUUUCAUCCAGCGGCUCAAACAGCCUAGCAACUAGCAGACCCAGCGGGGGCCUGUUCACCCUCCCAGUGUCAUCAUCUUCUAGUAAAGCUCUUUUCAAUGCUACUUCACAGUCAUCUUCAUUGUUUGGGGGUUCGGUGCCUACUUCAUCAUCCAGCUUAUUUACUGCUUCAAAGGCAGAUUCUACUGUAGGGAAUUUUUCUUUCAAACCACAAUCCACCAAAUCAAUUGACACAACUAAAACUGACUCCACUUCUGUAGUAUCAUCAACCAUGUUUGGUAUACCACACAACAAUACAGAAGCUAAAAAGUCUUUGUUUUCAACAGCACCCAUAUCAUCACCUUUCAAGGUUCAAACAGUGUCCAGCCCUAAUACAAUUACACCAAACUCCAGCAUUACAUCAAAAACAGAGAACAAAAGUACAGAAGAUAAAUCAGAAGAGAGUGACAAAAAAAUGAGAUACUACACAAAACUCAAAGGAUUGAAUGAAUCAGUAUCUGACUGGAUUAAACAGCAUGUAGAGAAAACACCUUUGUGUAUAUUGUCACCAAUAUUUAAAGACUAUGAGAAACAUCUAAAAGAAAUACAAGCAGAAUAUCAGGGUCCUGAUUCUAAUGAUGCAACAAAUAAACAUUCCGAGACCACCUCAAUUAUAGUAGGCUCUAAAGCAGAACCAACUGCUAUGAAAUCUUCACCGUUUACUGGCUCUAGUUCUCUAUUUUCAAGUUCAAAUCUGAAGACAAACACAACAUCUCCAUUUUCAACACAAAGCAGUCCUAAUUCAUUUGGUGAAAAGGGAAUUAAUAGUGUAAGUAGUGCUUCAAGCCCCCCAAAAACCCAAGGAUUUUCAUUUGGCAUUAACAGCUCUCCUCAGAGCUCAACAAUAAUGACAAACUCUACAGCCUCAACAUCUUUUUCAUUUGGGGUUGGAAAGCCAUUUAGCAUCAGUAACUUCAGUGCACCUAAAUCUACUGAAGAAGAGAAAAAUAAGGAAGCAGAUGAUGAACCACCUAAAGUGGAAUACACACCUGUUGUAGAAAAAGACAGUGUCUAUGAAAAGAAAUGUAAAAUUUUUGUAAAAAAAGAUGGCAACUUUGCUGACAGAGGUGUUGGUACACUUUAUAUUAAAAAGAUUGAAGAAAGUGAAAAAUAUCAGUUGCUGGUUCGUGCUAACACUAAUUUGGGCAAUGUGAUUCUAAAUCUAAUCUUAGCUACGGCUAUACCUACUCAGAGGAUGGGCAAGAAUAAUGUCAUGAUGGUAUGCAUACCGACACCUGAUGCCAAACCACCUCCGACUUCAAUACUUAUAAGAGUCAAAACUUCCGAAGAAGCUGAUGAACUGUUGGAAACUCUUAAUAAAUACAAAAUGUAAACCAUUGUGAACAGUUAUAGUUUCAACACAGUCAUCUGCACACUCCUUUCUUUGCAUACUAAUUAAGAGUACUUCCUAAUAGGCACAUAUACAUUUGUUGAGUAAGAUGUGUAAAAUAUGAGACAAUUUAAUGUUUCGAAUUUGACAGGUAAACGAGAUGGCGCUAUACACUGUAUUUUGCAGUGACUGGUUGUCAAAAGUUGACGUUUGACAAUUCAGUGACCACAAAAUAUAUGGUGCGGUAGAGCGCUAUCUGUUUUGGUUCUCAAACUAAGGGGCAUGUUUUUUUCUUAGACUGUACCUCUCUGUUACAACCAAUUCUCUUUGCUAAUACAUCUAUUUGUAGAAGAAAGAAGUCCAAAUCCUGUUGGUACCUUUUGCUUCCAAGAUGUUCCAUCUCACUUUGUUGGCUUCUACAAACACUGCAACAAAAAGAAAUCAAUUGUAGAUAAUUAAUAGAGCAACGAAUUCAAUCGAUCGACCAAAAGCCGCAAUGUAUUGCAAAUCGCAUGCGAUUAUCUGUGACGUUUGGAGAGGCCAUUAACAAAAGGAUGAAUUUUCAAUGGCCGGGAUGUUUUCCGUCUCACGGAUUAUCAGAACAUUGUUAACAAACUUGAAAUGUAAAAAAAAAUCUCAUAAAAGAGGUUGAAUGCUUUUUCUUACGGAUUUCAUAGUUCCAGGAAAGAGAAACAGGAAGUAUUGCUAAUUAGUUCGUUGGAAGUGGGAUACUGUGCUCGUUGAAUUUAACUAGGGAUUUGAUAAUGAAAUGUUAUUAUUGUAUUAAGUAUUUCAAAUGUACAUCAAAACAGAU